AAAGAAAAGCAAAGCAAAAUGGUGUAUACUGGCUAUGAAAACUAUGCUCUGGGCAUGACCAUGCCCAUGAUGGGACCCGUCAAUUUCAUGGUCGAAGAGCAGGAGCACCAGCUGGAGCUGGAGCUGGAGCAGGAGCAGGAGCAACAGCUGGAGCUGGAGCAGCAGCUGCAGUUGAAGCACAAGUUCAGCGUGGUGCGCAACCUGCUGGACGAGGAUUUGCUGCUGAAGCAUCCGCUGGAGCAUGUCUGGACGGUGUGGCACUGGGAGAAUGAUCGCACCAAGGCCUGGAGCGAUAUGCUCAACGAAGUGACAAGCUUCAACACAGUUGAGGACUUCUUUAGUGUGUAUUAUUUUAUCAAGCCACCAUCGGAUCUGCGCGUCUUCAACGAUUAUAUGGUAUUCAAGCAGGGAGUGCUUCCCAUGUGGGAGGAUGAUGUUAACAAGAAUGGCGGCCGCUGGAUGAUCAUGCUGGACAAGAGCAUGAAGGCCAUGAGUGACAAAUUGUGGCACGAUUUGAUUUUAUUGUGCAUUGGCGAGUGCUUUCUACAUUCGGAUGAGAUCAGCGGCAUUGUCAUCAAUGUGCGCCAUAAAGCCAAUAAGUUGUCUCUCUGGACCAAGAGCGCCAACAACACUGCCACUGUGAUGUCGCUGGGCAUGCAGCUGAAGAGCAUGCUGGGCCUGAACACCGUGGGCAUACAGUAUCAGUUGCACAAGGAUGCCAUGGUACAGACUGGACCCAAUGUCAAAACCAUUUACAAAUUGUAAAUGCCUGCCACACACACACACACACGCACACACACACACGCACACACACACACACAACUACCAAAUAAUCCAAAGAACAUGGCAGAUAAUUUGAAGGAACUUUUCGAGAGCGUUGUCGUAAAUGCACAGUUCAUUGGCUGCUGGAAAUGUGCAUCUACGAUCGCCUCGGAGCCACACACAU